AUGGACAACUAUGAGGGGGUAAAAGGGGUAUGGCUUGAUGGAAAAUGGGUAGCCCUCAGUGACCUGGAAAAAGAGGAAAAUACAGAAGUGGGAAAACAACAUUUGACGAGUCCCAUUGCCGUCGUUCCUUCUCAAGGAUACGUCUGUAAAGAGAAUUAUAGUAAAAUCUCUAUUCAAUGGUUAGAAUGGCUCAUGCAACGAAGUCGACAACGAGGAACACCGGUUCAUAUCCGUCACGCUCUUAAUGGGGGAGAGUACCACGUACCAGGGACCAAUUACCGAUGUGACGGUUUUGUCGAGAGUCCUACGGGGAAAGGCACCAUAUACGAAUUUUACGGUUGUGUGUACCACGGUUGUCCGGAUUGUUUCCAACAGGAUCGAUCCGAUGUCAAGCACCCCGCAACGAACCAGACAUUAGACGAACUCUUCAAGAUGACUAAAAAGCGAGAACGAGAACUCAAAGAGCUUGGCUAUCAUCUGGUCGUCGUAUGGGAGCAUCAGUUUCGGUACCAGCUGGAGAAAAACACUGAUUUGCAACAGUUUAUCUCCACAUUGGAUCUGCAAGACAGACUUGACCCCCGUGACAGUUUCUUUGGGGGUCGUACCAAUGCCAUAAAACUCCAUUAUAAAGCUAAAGAGGACGAAACCAUUCAGUAUUAUGAUUUCACCAGUCUCUACCCUUGGACAAAUAAAUACUGUCGUUAUCCCCUGGGUCAUCCGACCAUUAUCACGGAUGAUUUUCGGGACAUGUCAAAUUAUUUUGGCCUCGCCAAAAUCAAAAUCCUGCCACCUAGAAAAUUGUACCACCCCGUGCUUCCGUACCGCUCUCAAGGGAAACUGAAAUUUCCACUGUGCCGAACGUGUGCGGACUCUGAAAAUCAGCAUGACUGUAGUUGUUCUCUAGAGGAAAGAGCCAUCACGGGCACGUGGUGCACUCCCGAAAUCCAAAUGGCAGUGUCAAAAGGGUACCAAAUUUUAAAAAUUUAUGAGGUCUAUCACUUUCAGCAAUCGUCUCAAUAUGACCCUUCGGUGGGUGAGGGGGGUCUGUUUGCAAAGUACGUCAAUACGUUUCUUAAGAUUAAACAAGAAGCCUCGGGAUUUCCUCCCGAGUGUGAUAGCGAAGAGUCAAAACGGGAAUACAUUCGACAAUACAGAGAAAAAGAGGGCAUAGACUUGGAGUAUGACAAAAUUCAGAAAAAUCCAGGUUUGCGCUGUUUAGCCAAACUCUGUCUCAAUAGUUUUUGGGGGAAAUUCGGUCAGAGACUAAGUAUGAAACAAUCCAUGUUCUUCCACGAAUCCGAAUGUGAUAAGUUGUUUCGGAUUAUCUCAGAUCCUACUAAAGUACCUCAUAAUUUUCACAUUGUUUCUAGGGACACGCUUCAAUUUGAAUGGAGUAAUCAUCCCAUGUUUAUGCCCCCGGAUUGCAAAACAAACAUAUUUUUGGCAAGUUUCACUACUGCACAUGCGCGAUUACGCUUAUAUAGUGUAUUAGAUCGGUUGAGGGAGAACGUUCUGUAUUUCGAUACAGACAGUGUAAUUUUCAAAACCAAAAAGUCGGACGACUUGCAUUAUCUCCCGAUCGGAAACUAUUUAGGGGAAUUGACCAACGAGAUCAAACCAGAAGAUGGUCAAAUUGUGGAAUUUGUGUCGGGGGGUCCCAAAAAUUAUGCAUACCGUACACUUUCUGGCAGGGAAGAAUGUAAAGUUCGUGGGUUUACAUUAAACUGGGCUAACUCUAAAGUGAUCAAUUUUGAAGCUAUCAAAUCCUUGAUCUGUACAGCACAAGAUAAGCAAAUUGAAAUUAUCAAUCCCUGUAAAAUAUCCAGAGACAGUCGAAAAAGGAAAUUGUUAAACCGCAUAGAAACCAAACGAUAUCAAAUGGUUUACACCAAAAGGAGAAUUCUGCCCAAUUUAGAUACGCUGCCAUUUGGAUUUUGUUAA